AUGAUCCAACAAACCUCCUGUAUCGACAUGCCAGCCAUGUCUUCCGCAAUAAAAGAAGUACCCGUUCAACUGCCAAAGAGCUUCGACCGACCCGAUGAGCCAUGGCACCAUUACCUCAAUAUCGACAUGAUAUGGUAUGUCCUCGGAUACACGCUCUUCCAUCCGUUCGUAUCAUGGGUUGUGGUACUGUGUCUGCGAGCGCAAUACACGCCCUAUGAGAACAUUGAGAUGCGCGUUGCAAUGGCCUGGGCCAUGCUCAUGACGGUCAACGGCAUCUUCGGGCUCAUCAGCGACCGGAUCGCAUGGGGAUCACCGCGCGAGGUAGACCUAGAAGAAGAGGUUAUCGUUAUAACGGGCGGUGUUGACGGCCUUGGUGGACUGCUUGCGGAGACGUAUGGAAUGCGCAACGCGAACAUCGCCGUCCUGGAUAUGAAAGAAGUCGACGAGGAUGAAGCAGAGAACAAGGGAGUGGUCUACUAUAAGUGCGACGUCAGCGAUGCCAAGCAAGUCGAAGCUGCAGCAGCCAAGAUUGUCGAAGAUCUCGGCGCUCCUACUAUCUUGAUCAAUAAUGCUGGUAUCGUGCAAACCAAGUCAAUCCUUGAUUCCACCGCUGAAGAUGUGGAACGCACUUUCCGCGUCAACACACUGGCACACUUUACGACCCUCCGCACAUUCGUUCCGUACAUGCUGAAAGAAGGCCGCGGCACUAUCGUAACUGUCUCCUCUGUCCUUGGCCAUCUCGGUGCAGCCAACCUAUCCGCGUACACGGCGUCCAAAGCAGCACUUCUUGCGCUGCAUCACUCUCUGCGCGCAGAACUUGCACAAGAUCCUGACGCGAAGGAUAUCAAGACAAUUCUAGUACAACCUGGUCAGAUGGGUACAACAAUGUUUGCAGGCCUCAAGACUCCAAGCAACUUCCUGGCACCGGUUAUUACGCCAGCCGACAUUGGCAAGGAUAUUAUACGGUUGAUUGAGAGGGGGGAGAGCGGGGAGAUUGCGCUUCCUCUAUACUCGAAAUACAUUCAGAUCCUUGGGGUAUUGCCUGUAGGCGUACAGCAUCUUGUGCGGAAGUGGAGCGGAAUGGACAAAGCGGUGGGCAAGAUGAAGGAGUCGCGGCAGGGUUCGAUCGAGAAGAGACUUUCUAAACCUCGAACCAACGCAAUGGCCGACCAGAAAGCAUCCAAGUACUACGCUGCCGAGGAGGAGGCGCAAAUGAAGAAGGCGCGCAAGACAGCACACCCCACCAAAUACCGCGAGUCGCUCACCCCCGGCACCGUCCUUAUCCUCCUCUCUGGUCGAUUCCGCGGCAAGCGCGUCGUGCUUCUGCGCCAGCUCGAACAGGGCGUUCUCCUCAUCACCGGCCCCUUCAAGUCUAACGGUGUUCCUCUCCGUCGCGUCAACCACCGCUACGUCAUCGCUACUUCUACCGUUGUCGACAUCGCUGGUCUUGACGAGGAGGUUGUCGCACGUGUAAGCAAAGACGAGUACUGGGCGCGCGAGAAGAAGGACGGCAAGGGCGAAGACGACUUCUUCAAGGAUGGCGAGACACCCACAAAGAAGGAGACCGACCCCCAGCGGAUAGAAGACCAGAAGAAGGUGGACAAGGCGCUCAUGGCCAACAUCAAGAGGACUCCCGACCUCGAGUCCUACUUAGGCGCCAGCUUCAGCCUGAGGAGCAACGAGAAGCCCCACGAGAUGGUCUUUUAA